CCUACAAAUGGUUCCUAAGCCCGGCUCUUGAGAUCUGCAGUUCAGAAUAUAAAAUAUUCAUGCAUGCACAUAGAAAAAUUAUAUUUGAAACUGGUGACGGGUUAUGUAAUCCAGAAAGGAGACAGCAUAUUAGGGUGAAGAACCGCAAACAGAUCCACAGAAAAGGGAUUUUCUGAUUAGUUUUAGUGAGAAGUUGUGUGUGGAGGUGGGUGGGGCGGAGAAUCAAUGCUGUAAGGUUGUUUCUGAGCACGCUAACAGCUGAGGGGGAAGAAGCAAUUCCUCCGCUUAACUCCUGAAUUCCACUGUAGACCUGGGUGAAACUUUGUGUGGCUACUUGUCGGAUAUAGAAGAAUAUUCUCAAAUUGGAAUGAGUGACACAAUAUGCCUCAUAACAAAGAUUUGAACAAAUAAAUUUACUACCGUAAAACUCCUAGUAUUCGUGCAUAGUCUCGUCCCCAGCAUGAAGUAAAAUGUGAUCAAAUUAUGUAAAAGAAUCAACAUAACAUACCCAUUACGUUAUAAGGAGAAACGCUUUUCGUUUAACAAAAUCAUUUAGAAUUUCAUUUUAACCAGAUUAGUAUUAUAUUAUACCAUAUCACAAAACUUUCUCGUUUUGACGAGAUAAUUUCAUUUUUCGUUAAAACGAGAUAUUGUAAUAUUUAGGUAUCUCGUUAUAAUGUGAUACUUUUCACGUUUUAACGCUAUAUUAAAUGUGUUUACCCUAGAUACCCUCGAUAAUGUAAUUUUAACUGGGAUAGAUGUAUCAAUCAUAGUAAAAAGGAUGCGUAUAGUUAAAUGGUAUUUAACCCCCCAAAGUCUCUUGGGAGUUCUUUCUUCUAUGCAAUCAAAACUAAAUUAACUCCGUCAUGUUAAACACGUACCAUUUUUUCUAUUAACCUCUGCAAUCCGGGUCUGGUUUCGUGGCCUCUCAUGUAAUAUUUAAUGAAAUGUAAUACUAACUGAAUGGAAUCUGUGGGGAAAAUCGAUAUCCAUUUAUUUCAGCGCGUCCAAGUUUUGAUUUACAUGCGUCUUCCGCCCCCUCGGUUACCCAACCUGUCGCUCUUAUGUCAAUACACGCCCCGGCCUAUAUUACCUCAAACCCCGUUCAUCAUUUCAUUAAAUUACGACACCGAGACUUUCACUGAAUAAAGAACGAGAAAAUCAGUCAGGCUGUAGCCUCUUCCUCUUCCAGCAAACCCAGAAUCAUCUACUUGCAACCUUUGUGACAGUAUCUCUUUCAACAUGGCAGCGAUGGGCACUCAUGGGACAAUUGUUGUAUCUGAGAGCUUCAACCCCGAGGCAGAUGCCAAGAAGCUGAGGGGAGCCAUGAAGGGAAUAGGCACCAAUGAGGGGGCCAUUACUGAGGUCCUGGCCCACCGCACAAAUGCACAGAGGCAGCUCAUCAAGGAGGCUUUCAAACGUUCAUUUGGGAAGAACCUGGUGGAUGAAUUGAAGUCAGAGCUGUCUGGAAACUUUGAGAAAGUGGUACUGGGUUUGCUGAUGCCGCCUCCUGUCUAUGACUCCUACGAGUUGAGAAAUGCCAUUAAGGGAGCUGGGACAGAUGAAGCUUGCCUCAUCGAAAUCCUAGCCUCUAGAAGUGGUGAAGAAAUAGAGGCUAUUAAAGCCACAUACAACAAAGAAUAUGGCAGGAGCCUGGAGGAGGACAUCUGUGGGGACACUUCUGGAAUGUUCCAGAGAGUUCUGGUGUCCCUGUUGACGGCUGGACGCGACCACGGCUCCUUUGUCAAUGAGGCGCAGGCCUUGCAGGAUGCCAAGGAUAUUUUUGAGGCUGGAGAGGCGCAGUGGGGCACCGACGAGGCCACAUUCCUGACUGUGCUGUGCGUCAGAAACAGGAAUCACCUCCUCCGAGUGUUUCAAGAUUAUAAGAGGAUCUCUGGCCGGGACAUUGAAGAGAGCAUCAAGAGAGAGAUGUCCGGCAACCUGGAGAGCAUCUUCCUGGCUAUAGUAAGCUGCAUCAAGAAAAAGCCGGCAUUCUUUGCGGAGCAGCUCUACAAAUCCAUGAAGGGGGCAGGCACCGCCGACGGCACCUUGAUCAGAAUCAUGGUGUCCCGUGCUGAGGUCGACAUGAUGUACAUUAAGCCGGAGUUUGCCAUGUUGUGUGGCAAGAGCCUCUACUCCUACAUCAAGGACGACACUUCAGGUGAUUACCGCACCAUUCUGCUGGAGCUCUGCGGGGGAGGGGGCAAAUGAAUGAGCCUGGGGCAGCUGUGAUGUCAUUACUGUCGGUGACCAGAGGCUCCCAGAAGUCUAUCCUCUUCCAUUACCUUUAUUAUUGAUGCAGUUUUCUACUACUUGGUAGCCUAAUAAAAUUCGUAAAAAAAAAAAAAAAAAUACUCGUGACUGAUGGUCCAUAUAAAUAUACACCAAAUAUCUUAGGCACCAGAGGGCGCUGUUGGUGCUUUCGGGUGCAUGGAAAACUUAAAAAGGUGUUCUUGUUUUUUUUCUUUUUGCAACCUGUUUGUUCCUGUCUCUAGGGGGCAAUGCCAGACCGUAGUUCUCAUCGUGCCACUUAAUUUCCCACCAUCCACAGCACUAAAAUCAUGCCUCCAAGUCUCUAUCCAAGGAAUUUACCGUGAUUAGGUAUCACGUCUUGUUCUUCCUUGGCUGCCGGAGCCUACAGGUUUGGAAGGUAGAGCAUUGGGCAAAAUGUCACAAUGAAUCAUUUUAAUGUUUGUAUGUUUGUUUGUCUGUCUUUAACCAUUAAGGCUGUAAGAAUAUUUUUAUAGGAAACCAGUGUCGCCCCAUAUUUCUGUGGCAAUUUUGUGCUGCACACAACACCACCUGAAUCAAAAAUGUUUAGGAUAUGAGUACAUUCAUAUUCGCCACAAUUAACCCAAAACUGUCUGGUUGAAGUAAAAGGAACAGGCAGCAGAAGGAUUCCCUAACGAAUGUGGAAGAUUACAGCCAUCUUUUACAAAUAUAAAGGAUUAUAAGACAGCAAGCCGUUCUCAAUAAACUCCCAGAAAUGGCCUAAA